AAGUGGCUACCCUAAAAUUAUGUUGAAUAUGCAUGAAGAAAUAGAGAAAGGAGAAAACUAUGUUGAAUAAACCAAGCAAUUUUUUGAUCAAUAAGAUUAAAAAAAGAAAGCAGAAGAGUUGCACAAAGUGGCUACCCUAAAAUUAUAGUUUUUGUUCGUACUUAUAUUAAAUUAGAACUCUAAUCAAAAUAUGAAAACUUGUAUUGCAUUAUGUAUAUCCCACGCCAUGAUGUGAAACUAGCCUAACGCAAGCUUUUCCUGUAUAGUUUCGCAAAUAAUGUUCGACUUAAUCGAUUUAUAUAACACCUAUAAUCUAUAUUUUCUUGUUUAGUUUUGUUCUAUUUUAUUUUUCACCUUCCUUCAAUUUACUCUUGAAUGCAUUAUAACUAUUAAUUUAUUAUGCACAACCAAUCAGCGUUUUAAUAUUUUAUAUAUUUUCAGCAUUUAAUCAUACCAAAUUGGAUAUUCAACUCAUACCUUCGACGAAGUUGUAGGGUUCUUUAUCAUAUCUUCAUCAGAAUGAUGUAAUUGCUACUAACAAGAAAAAGACAGAAAACAUCACAUAUAUAAAUGAUAACACGGUGUUAGUUGAAGCCAUAAAAUACUAAUCUAAAGAGGAGCAGCCACAUAUUCCAACGUUCUAUUAUAUAGAAAGACUCGAAAUGUAUUUAUACAUCAUGGUUUAUUCGUACCAAAUUGACUACUUCAUUGUGUAGCCACGAUUACUUGACUUGCUCGUUUUUAAACUCGCUAGCUAAAAGCACUAUAUAUACGGGGGAAGGCAAGGUUUAUGAGCAAGCCACCAAGUUGAAACCCCAUUCCUUUACAUCUUCUCUCAUUCUUCGUAAUCGCCAAACUAUAAUUUUCCGAAAAUGCAGGAAAAAGUUGUAUUCAAGUUGGAUGUGUUUGACGAAAGAAUCAAACAGAGAGCUAUGAAAGUCGUAUGCGAUUUUCCAGGAGUUACGUUGAUAGACGUGAAAGAAAAAGGCAAACUAAAGGUGUCGGGAGAAUUCGACAAGUUUCAAAUGACGAAGAAGCUUAAGAAGAUAUACAAAUAUGUUGACAUUAUCGCGCUUGAACACGAUGGAGAACCGAAGAAAAAUCCGGAUCCGGUUAAGAAGCCUGAACCAAUAGUGAAGAAGGCCCCAUCUUUCCGUCGUUGGAAGAUAGGUUUCUUUUAAAGGAAUCGAUUUUGAGGUCGUUGUGAUCAGUUUGAGUUCUAUGGACUAUUGUAUUAUGUAUGUUGAUAUUUCAUCUCUUGUGAAAUGUUGGUUUUUUUUUGGCAUCUGUGAAAUGUUGUUUAUGUAUGUUUGAAUAAUAAUAUGGUGUCUGUUUACA